GAAUGAGUUAGGUCCUGCUUGUGGGAUUUUUUUUUUUUUUUUUAACAAGUCAGAUUCAGACACAGCUGUUGAGUAAAAUGCAGCCUCCACAGAAAAGCCCAAGCCUCAGACCUUUCAAACAAAGGAAGAGCUUAGCAACCAGAAGAGAGGAAGUUGCUGGAAUCCGGGCAAAGUUCCCAAGCAAGAUCCCGGUGGUAGUGGAGCGCUACCCCAGGGAGAAGUUCCUGCCCCUGCUGGACAAAACCAAGUUCCUGGUCCCACAAGAGCUGACCAUGACUCAGUUUCUCAGCAUCCUCCGAACACUCAGACUUCUCCUCAGAUCUGCUAAGGGUUAUUUAGUGGAAAGUGAAGGCAACUACAGGAGAAUCGAAGUCAGGAACAGAUCCGAUUCGUGUCAGACUCCAGGAUGCUGGAGGAGCCGCUUGGUCCUAAGGACCACUGAAGCCUUUUACCUGCUGGUGAACAAUAAGAGCCUGGUCAGCACGAGUGUGACCAUGGCAGAGAUCUACAGGGACUACAAGGACAAGGACGGCUUCGUGUACAUGACCUACGCCUCCCAGGAGAUGUUCGGCUGCUUCGGGCUGGCAGCCAGCAGGGAUUGCAGCUGCUCAGGCACAGGGCCUGCAAUCAUCUCAGGCUCAUGUCAAGGGGAAUUUGUCUUCUAAUGGAUGCAGAUGGAACUGGUUUUCCCUGUGUUGCUUUGGAGGGGUCAAAGAAAAUAAGGAUGACCUGGAGAGUCAGCCCCAUCAAAUGACAUGGAAGCCAUGGGCCAUUUCUUGCUUGGUUUGUCUUUUCCUGCUCUCUUUCAUUAAAAGAAGUUCCCAUUGCUCUUGGAAAUAUUGUAAAUGGUAACUUUUUUCUGAAUAAGGAAUGGUUAACUUUUGUGAUGAUUUUGUAUGAUGAGCUGGAGUUAUCUUUUCAAUGUCUUCUAUGGUCGAGGCAGGGCAGGGCAUUGGGGAAUCUGAUUUCCCCCCCUUGCAUGUGGACAGGAGUCAUUUAUGUGGGUCAGUGUGGACAGAUCCACUGGUCUGUGGUCUCUGUGGAAGCCAGUGCAGCCAGUGUGGCCCUACCUGUGUCAUUAAAGAAAUUAUUGAUACAUUUCCACAGCACUCACUCAGUUAUUUCCUCUUAUGUUCCUUUUUGUCUAUGCCAUACACAUCUAUGCCAAUGUUAUAACUUCUCUAUUUUAAAUAAUUUAAAUGAUUAGUCUUUUUUAUAGAAUAGAAUUUUAAAAAUAAUGGCUAGCAUUUAAAUUAUUUUUCUGGACAAGGCUUUGUUCAAACACUCUACAUGUGUUUAUUUCUCAUAACUAUCCCAUAUGUUAAGCACUAUUAUCCCCAUUUUAAAGAUGAGAAAAUUGGGUCAAAGAAAGGUUAAGAAACUCACCCAAGGCCCCACAACGGGGUUUUGAAACCAGGCACUCUGGUUAGAACCCAGGCUCCAUACCCCCUUGCCUGUCUUCCUAUCUGAGGCAGAAGUUUCUUCACUUGGUGGCAACCUGCUAGUGCUUGAAGCUGAGCUGCACCAGCUCGACAGCCCACAACAGGAGACAGAGAAGGAGACACGUAACCGCAGUAGAGCUUGGUCACGUUAAACUAGUUUUGUGCUAAGGACGAUUACUGUAUGAUCUCAUCAGUAUGAAAUAAUUAGAAUAAGCAAAUUCAAAGAGUUUUAAAGUAGAAUAUAGGUUAAACCAGGGUCCAGGGUAGGAGUAGGGGAUGGAGAAUUAAUGCUUAAUCACUACAGAAUUUCUAUUUGGGGUGAAGGAAAAGUUUUGGUAAUGGAUGGUGAUGAUGGUAGCAGAACAUUGUAAACAUAAUUAACAGCACUU